AUGUCAGCCAACCAGUCACUCCCCCAUAGUCCACCCACCCGUGGCCUGAUUGCUUGGGCCAUCUACGUGCUCCACUUCCACCCACUGGCCAAGUACCCCGGCCCCAAAUCGUGGCUAUUCACCCGCAUCCCCUUUGCCCGCGGCCUCCGCACCGGCACUCUCAUCCACCGCAUGAAAGCCCUGCACGACCAAUAUGGCCCUAUCGUCCGCUACGGAGUCAACGACCUCUCCUACGCCGACGGCCAAGCCUGGAAAGACAUCUACGGCUUCCACGGCGGCGCCGCCAAGAACUUCGACCGCGACCCCCGAUUCUACCAGCCCGCCGUCAACGGAGCACACAGCAUCCUGUCCGCCAACAACCUGAAACACCCCUACAUCCGACGUCUCCUGGCCCCAGCAUUCACCGAGGCCGCUGUCCGCGACCAGGAAUCCGUCCUGCAGCACUACUCCAGCCUCCUGAUCACCAAGCUCCAGAGCCAUGCUCGCAAAGACGGCCCUCCCCACCCGGUCAACCUGACCGAUUUCUACCAGUUCACCACGUUCGACGUCGCCGGAGACCUCAUGUUCGGUGAGACCUUCGGCUGUCUGGAGCGCGAAGACUUCCAUCCCUGGCUCAGUGUGAUGCGGGCGUUCUUCCGACGCCUAUUGAUCGGCGCCUCGUUUGUGGCGCUCGUGCCCGCCGUUCGGCCAUGGCUGCGCUAUCUCGUCCCCCGGCGUCUCCAAGAAGCCACGAAGCAGCGAUUCGCCUUCACGGUGGACAGGAUCGAUCGCCGCCUGGCACAAGGCGAACAGAAUGACCGUCCCGAUUUCAUCACCCAUAUGCUCCGCGCCAGUGACCGGAUGGGGAUUCAGACGGCCAGGCCGGAGAUCGACUCGACCUUCGACGUGUUGGUCAGUGCUGCUUCCGAGACCAGCUCGACCGGUCUCAUCGCCGCGACGGGGUACUUGUUGCGGAACCCUAAGGCGCUGGCGCGGCUGCAGACUGAGCUCCGGGAUGCCUUCCAGACGAGCGACGCAAUCACCCUAGCUGGUGUGUCGGCCAUGCCUUUUCUCACUGCCGUGCUCAAGGAAGCCAUGCGUCUGACUCCCCCGUCACCUACCCUCCGACCCAGGGUGGUUCCAGCGGGCGGUGCGGUCAUUUGUGGGCAGUGGGUGCCGGAGGGUGUCUGUGUCGGUAUACCCCACUGGUCUACCUACCGCAACGCGAACAACUUCUCGCGCCCGGAUGACUUUCUCCCGGAGCGGUGGUUGGCUCCCGAGGAUGGAGGUAUCGUACUCGAGCGCCACGAGGUCAAGGCGUUCAACCCCUUCUCGUACGGCCCGCGCGGCUGUCUGGGUAAGCCGUUGGGGUGGGCGGAGAUGCGCCUUGUUUUGGCCAAGGUGCUCUGGUAUUUCGAUCUGUCGGAAACGGGCCCGGGGAAUCGGUGGGAGCUGCAGCAGUCGUUUGUCGGGUGGGAUGUUAAGCCGCUUAUGGUGGCGUUACGCGAGGUGUCUUAG